CAAGGAUUCGGACGCAGUCGGUGAGGUAAACAGAGCCACGUCUCCAAGGUCCUUUGCAUUAGUGAUGGUGAUGUGCAGCAGUGUACGAGAAUGCUUUGGGUCCAAGCCUCCGAUGGCGGUGUUCAGUAUGUCCAUAGUAGGGUUCGCGCUGACUCUUGUCGGAGUCUCACUUUACUUCCAGAGCCACAGGACACAGAUUUUGAAUCCAGAUAUUAAGGAUUGGAACAGUUUCUUUACAACUCUCUCAGACAUGGAGGUAUGCUUUCCUGCACCACAGUCCCCUGAUGAGGCUGUGCUACGGACAAGAGCCAGACGCGAGCUGGCAACUGCCAGCCUUACCACCACCACCACCUCAAAUUCUCUGCUUCUGGCAACCGAUGCCCGGGGCAAUGACACAGAGGCCAAUGUGACCAUCAGCGUAUUGGCAGAUGUCCAGGUGCAGAGGAAAGGUGUCAGCCUGGAGGGACUUACCUUGCACUCCCUCGUGGGGGCCAAGUUCUUUGGAUUCAAGAGAGACAAGAGUGUCUUGGAAGUAACCAUAGACUUGGCCAGGCAAAUCUCCAAAAACUGGACUGCUUGCAUGACCCUCUCUGGCCCAGCCCACUUGCUGCCCAACUCUCCUCAGACGCCUCCAUCUUGCACGCCAGUAAAGGAACCAAAGACAAGUGAGGUGUUCUUAGCCCAACCCUGGUUAGUACUGGAAGAGGAUGAAUGGUGUAUGAAUGGCACUGUGGGAAGUCUCAGUGUCACUCCUCAGCACGAACUCAAUGUUUAUCUCACAGAGGGUGAUGUAACUUUGAUUCAGGUGCACAUCCUGUAUACCACAUGUCUUCUCUGCGUUAUGAUGAUUGGCCUCCUGUUUUACUUCCUUUGUGGAAAGCGCUGCUCGACACGUACCAAGGCAGCACCUCUUCCUGACAAAGUGCCCCUAAACCCAUGAUGAGCCAAAAGCAUAGAAGUGUUUACAGCACUAUUAUUGCAAUGGACUUGAAGGACCAGUAGGGCAAAGCUGUCAUUACUUUGUGGUAGUGAUGCAUGUAAGAAUCCUGUAGGCUUCAUAUUGAAAGCACAAGUGGUUUAAUACAUUUUUAUUAUUUUUGUUGGGAACAUCUGUAUUUUCUGUGGAAAAUGUGAUCAUAACUGUAUUGUUAAUGCAGUGUGAAUAUGCAGAGAAAGUAGGUACAUAUUAACAAUCAUGGCUAAAGAUUAUGGAUGUUUCCCUGUAUAAUGUACUAGUUACAACCUUAUUACCAGCAUUUUAUUUUAUAUUUUUAUGUGUAGAUUCUGGGAAUAUUAGUAACUUCCACCUCUUACUAUUUCAAAAAGACACAAUAUUAGAAUUUUUAUUGACUUUUAUGUCAGUGACUAUGCAGUUGUAGGGUGCCUUUUUAUAUUGACUUUUUAAUUGUAUUUUUGUGGGGUUUAUGGCAAAAUUCAGAAUUUUAUCUACAUGGUAUUUUUUUAGUAAUUAUAAUGGAAACAUGUAAGGAGGGUUUCAAGGGCUUUAGAAAUUCAACACAAAUUUUUAAGAAAUAAUUCUUUAAUUAUCAGUGAUAUAAAUUUUUCUGUAAUGAUUUACAAGCCAGUUGGUGUAAUAACCAAACCAGUGCAACAUAAAAUCUUAUGACUGUGUGCACUCAGCUAUAACAUCUGUCAUGGCAGGCUAUUCCUUUACUUUCAUCUUUUUGUGAAUAGGGUAAAGCAGGGAAAAGCUGUGGGGUUAACAAGGGAAGUAGUUUUAAGAUACAUACCUUACACAAGUAAUUAGGUUAUCUCCAAAAGCUACAGCAUCAAAAUGACAUGACUCAUCUCCAUGAAGUUCAUCAAACGCAUCUGUAAACAACUGCAGUUUCUAAAGCAAUUAUUAUGCCAUCACAUGAAGUACUAUCACAGGGUUAAGUGCAUUUAUACCA